UAUUUAGUAAUAUCUUACGCCAUUUCCGAAUACGGCAAAUGAUUGCUUACACUCCUGAGGGCCCUGUGUCUCGGCCUUUGAUGGCAAAAGGCCGACAGCAGCAGGAAGUUCACCGUUUUGUAGACCAUUCUCUCGACAGAAGCAGGAAACAGCGCAGGUGCGGCCAUGCUGCAGACCCGCCAGACCCGAGGAUGGACAGAUCAUCACCACGCGCGUGCCGGGCGCCGGCCGUCGACCGAUAGCAAUCUGCUGCUGCUGCCGACCUCGUACUUUGUAGCCGAGGGCACGACGUCGACGUCGCCGCCUGCCAGCACCACCGAGGACGAGGACGGGAAAGCGCGGCGGAAGAAACUGUUUGUGAGCAGCCAGCAGAAUGUGAAGGCGGUUGCUGUGCUGUCGCGCAAGUCGUCGAUGCGCGCGGUGACGCAUAUCCCAGAGCUGCCGCCAUCGUUCUUUAACUACUUUGAGCACAUCACCUCGCUUCGGCUCGGCUGCGGGUUGCGGCGGCUGCCUCCGCAUAUUGCUCGGUUGAAAGAGCUGAGGAGCUUGGAUUUGAGGGGGAAUAGACUGAAGGCUCUGCCGUAUCAGAUCAAGGCGGUGAAUCUGCAGCAGCUUAUCGUGGACGAUGUCGUGACGGCUGAUUUCUCGGAGCUGAUGCUCACUGACUUUGUGCGGAAGAUACCGUCGGAUGAAAGUGCAGAGAGCGAUGGAAAGGAAGAGACAGGAGACGGACAGAGGCAGCAAAAGAGGACGCCGAUGUCGCCAAGCUUGCAGUGGCUAGGCGGACCUGCGACGUUGAAGGAGACGGCGCUGCGGGUUGUGCUGAGCUCGAUCGCGCUGCCGGAGCUGGACGUGCCGGGUGAAAGCGGCACGCUUUUGUCGUUUGUGCCGCCCCAUCUGCGACCGCGAGUGCUUCCGCCGGACGAGUGUGCGUUCUGCGGACGGACCGUGAUCGAGCUGCUCGACCAGGCCGAGUUUUUCCACAGCGACGAGACGCACACGACGCAUACGAGGCGACGACCGCGUCCGGCGCCGAAGAGGUACCGGAUUGAAGUUGUCGCGUUAAGGAAGGUGGUGCUUGAGUCUGUGUUUUGCGGGCGGCGGUGUCUGCUUGAGAUGGAGAAGCGGUGGCGGGAUGAGGAUCUGGGGGAGCAGAUCAAGGUCAUUCAGCGGGGGAUGCGGUUUAUGGGGGUUGCGCAUGUUGCUAUGGCUUAGCUGAUGUGCUUUGUGCUUUUGUAUUGUUUGUAUUGUCUGUAUUGUUUGUAUUGUGCUUCAUGAUGUAUAGAAGGGAUCAGUUUUGGUUAUGUGUCUGGAUAGAGAUGGUAUGGCGUUUGUGGAUCAGGCUGGGUCGAUGUCGGGAGUUUGAGAUAAUUGAUGUGUUUACAAGAUGUCUGUAGUUUCUAUACAUCUAUAAACCACCAACAGCGAUAUUCUCUAUAUAUGCUUCUAAUGCUUAUAGGUGAAUAGGUGUAGGUAAUGCUACAACGGUCUCCAAACAAGGUUCCGUGAGCCGCAC